AUGGAUUCUAUGGAUUCAGAAGUUGAAACUCUUGAGCAGAGGUUAACAUCUAUGCUUGGACAGCUUCAAGUAGAGUGUGGCAUUCUUGAAAGAAUGGUAUAUAAGAACAAGAACCAGCAUAGGCGUUGCUUGUAUUUCCAGUAUCUUUUGAAGGUGAGAAGGGAUAUUAGACUUUUGCAAUCAGCUAAGUUGGAGGAGUUAGUAGGUUCUUGCUUUCUGGUUAUCACUGGGAAGAGACCUAAACAAAAGGUGCAUCUAUUAGAAAGUUUAAAGAGAAGAAAAUGUGAUGGUGGAAAAUAUAAUUUUAUGGAACGACUUCUGGGAGCUGCACGCCUACUAUCACAGAUGGUUGAGCCAAUGUUGAAAGCAGCUACUGAGAUAUCUAUCUUGCUUGCUCGAUCCUUUUUUAUUGGAUUUUCUCUGACCAUUUUGGCUCUACUUGCACGCCUUCGAGUUUUGGUUCAACAAAUACUACUUGAUGUUGUUUCAGUAUUCAAAAUGGUUUCUUCUCUUGCCCAGAAGAAGCAAUCAGUAAAGAUUUCCCAAGAAGGAAUUGAGGUCUUCAGGGAAUAUUACCCAACCAAUGAGGAGUUUGCUACCCUAGAGUGUGUAUGGAAAUCAGAUAAGUUUGUAUUACUUGAGAGGGCACAUAAGAGCAAGACUGGAAGUCAGGAGGGGGAUCUCAUAGAAGACGUUUCUUUAGGAGCAUCUGCUGUGAAGUAUCAAAGUAUUGAGUCUUUUCUUGGAGACGAUGAAGUUGUUCCCAUUAGGGUUGAUGCAGCCCAAAUGGACAAAAAAGAUCCAUCUCAUAUCACGGAGAACAAGACUGAUUUACUGACAGGCUCUUCCCUGGAGAGUGACGAUGGGAAGGCAGUUGAAAGCUGUACAGAAGUAGGAGAUGGGAAGGCAGUUGAAAGCUAUACAGAAGUAGGAGACAGUUCAGGCAUUGCAGCUGCCCCAAGCAAGAAACUUCCACCGGAAGAUGGUUUGCUUACAGCCACAAAGACCUCUACAAGUUCAAAUAUGUUAAAAUCUAAGUCCGGAUCAAGAAAAGUAGCAUUUGUGUCGGUGAAAAAUCCUCCAGCAUCAACAGCAAAUGUGAAAAAUCCUCCACUAUCAGCCACCAAUAUUACCACAUUCGACUUCAAGGAAAACGAAACUAAUACUGAUAAAAUGGAAGAUCCAUUUUUCAGUUUGCUUACUGGUGGAAGUUUAAAGGACAGUCUCUUCUAG